AUGAGCCUGCCUCAUUCACUGUUUGGUUUGCACUUGUAUGAGCCUCAUUCACUGUUUGGUUUGCCCUUGUAUGAGCCUCAUUCACUGUUUGGUUUGCCCUUGUAUGAGCCUCAUUCACUGUUUGGUUUGCCCUUGUAUGAGUCUCAUUCACGUUUUGCUGGUAAUGUGAGAAUCUCUGAACAGCUGCGGAAUGUGGUGGUGGAGGAGGGAGAGCGCGCCAAGUUCGUCUGCAAGGUCGACGUUCAUCACCUGGACGAGGAACGGCUCGCGGUCACGUGGAAGGUCAACGGUCAGUAUCUGAGUCCGGAAGAUUCCGGUCGACUCAUCCACAAGGAGGAAGGCUCAAGGUUUGCGCUCAUCAUCAAGAAAACCAAGUUGAGUGACACGGGGGUGUACUCGUGUAUUGCGUCAGUCGGUCUUGAUACGGACAUGUCCAGUGCUCACCUUCAAAUCAAAAGUGCUCCGGAUCCACCAAUCAACGUCAAGGUCACCAGUUGCCAUGGUAACUCGGCGGGUCUCUCGUGGGACGAGGGCAACAGCAACGGCGCCGAGAUACAGGGAUACACCAUACAGUUUAACACCUCCGACCACCCGGAUCUAUGGUAUGACUACGAUGAACAGUUCGACUCCAGCUUCAGGGCAGCCACGCUGCAGCUGUAUCCGUACGGCUCCUACAGCUUCCGUGUCAAAGCCCGGAACGCGAUGGGUUCCAGCAAGCCCAGCGCCACCCCCAGCCGGAUGUGCACCACGCCCCCUGACCGGCCCGACCGUAACCCUAGCAACGUGAGGACCCGGACCGACACGAAGAAAACACUGGUGGUCGAGUGGACACCCAUGAGCCGGUUAUACUUCCACGGGCCUCGAUUUCGAUACCAGGUCAAAUGGAGGUUAAAGGGCACGUUCACGUGGGACUCUGCUUACGUCACGGACCCCAACCAGGGGUUUCUGGACAUUGAAACCAAUGACGUGUACAACGUGUACGAGAUCCAGGUCAAGGCCGAGAAUUCGAUGGGGGAGGCGCAUCAGCCGGCGUUCAUCUACCUCGGGCACUCGGGGGAAUCUGAACCGCUGGUUGCACCGUCCAACUUUUCACUCAACCCCGAGUACCACAUAGAGCCCCACACAGCCCAUUUUAUCUGGGACGCCGUGGACACGGCCACGGAACAAAUCUGUGGAAAGUUCAAAGGUUAUAAGCUCCGCUACUGGAAGUCCAGUGAGGGCUGGAACAAGAAAAAAGAAGUCGAGAUCGUCAUCGGGGACGAACUCCGCACCCACGGGCCCCGCAUCAAGGUGGCGCUGUCCGACCUGCCAGCCUACACGGCACUCAGGGCCCAGGUGGCCGUCAUGAACGCCCACUACACGGGACCCUUUAGUGAGCUGCUAGACUUCUUUACACCUGAAGGAGUUCCGAGUGCUGUAAGAGACUUGAGAGUGCACGCAUUUGGCGUAGCUUACGUUUUGCUGAAAUGGAAGCCGCCCCAGCAUCCUAAUGGCAUUUUGCUUGGUUACGACAUUGCUUACCAGCAAGUGUCUGGACUAGAACUUGGGCCCAUUCGUCCACUUAUGCCCCACAUAAAUGACCCUUUAACGCUUGGGGCUCGGAUAACUGGCCUACAAUCUGGCCACAGAUACAGAUUUAUUGUAUGGGCUCGUACAAAACAGGGACGCGGUGAACCAAGUUUCAAUGAUAUGAUCACUGCUAAAGGACAAAUACCGAAUCCUCCUAAAGUACAAGUUUCAGAGUUAAGUAACUCAAGCGUCAACAUCACCUGGAUGUCAGACCAGGCAUCUAGAGAUGUAAAAUACCUGGUGGAGUACAGGCAAUCAGGCCAUCAAGACUGGCACAACACAGACUACGUGUACGACAAGUCCUGGCUGAUGCUGGACAAGUCCAAUGUUCCAGUGGCCGACCUGGAGGUGCGUCUGGUGGCCAGCAACAGGAUGGGUGACACGGCCACCAGCAAGACAAUAGCGGUGGCCAAAUCUUUGCACACAGCAAACAAAACAGACAAAAAGAAAGUUAAGAAUUCAAGCAGUGCAUGUUCAAGCAAUUUCCUUCUGGUUGCGCUUGCGCUGGUACCCUUCUCCCUCAGCAAUCUCGUCUUCCUGCGGUGACACUAUGUUGUGCCGUCACCUUCCUGCUGUGACACUACGUCAGUGUCACCUUCCUGUGGUGACACUCCAUAUGGUGUCACCUUCCUGUGGUG